ACCCAAAAAUUAUGCAAUUUGAUUAAAAUUUGUGUUGGUAAUUUUGUAUACAGGGUGAAUCAGUUAAUCAGGUUAAUGGUUGUUUAUCUCUUGAUACUUGAAAUCGGAAAAAAUYGCUAAAUACUGUGUUUACUAUCUACAGGGUGAUUAAAAUUUUAUACAGGGUGAGUCAGUAAUGACACACAUUUUUUUGUUCUAUGAAACUUGUAGGGAUUUCGUUAUUCUAAAUUCGUACCCAAUCUUUUUUUAUUAUCUUUUAUAAGGAAAACAAAUAAAAAUGGUUCUUAAAAAAAAUAAUUUAUUCUAUUCCACUAUUGAUUUUCUUUCUUUCAAAAAUAAUGCAAUUUGAUUAAAAUUUGUGUUGGUAAUUUUGUAUACAGGGUGAAUCAGAUAAUCACAUUAAUGGUUGUUUAUCCCUUGAUACUUGAAAUCUGGAAAAAUAGCUAAAUACUGUGUUUACUAUCUACAGGGUGAUUAAAAUUUUAUACAGGAUGAGUCAGUAAUGACACAUUUUUUUGUACUAUGAAACUUGUAGGGAUUUUGUUAUUCUAAAUUCGUACCCAAUCUUUAAAUAUUUAAAUAUCAUAAAACUUAUUAGCUUUUAUAGGAAAACAAAAAAUGGUUGUUAAAAAAAACAUUUUAAUUUAUUAUUACAAAAAUAAUGCAAUUUGAUUAAAAUUUGUGUUGGUAAUUUUGUAUACAGGGUGACUCAGUAAUGAGGCCUAAUAGUUUUCAUGGUCGGGCAUUUUUAUCAAGUGUGUGUGCAUAGGGGGCCGCCCCCCCUACCUCCCACUAUCACUUAAAAGCAUUGCUGCAUGCACUUGUUUCAUUUUCUGACAGUCUAGACAAGUCACUAGAUUGAAAAAUAAUAUGUCUCUUCGAUCCUAGUGUGUCCAACGUGUGUGUGUAAUUUUUUUUUUCAAAACAAAAAAAAUAUAUACCAGAUUUACAAAAUGGGGGAUUCCCAAAUUUGUAAAUUCUACGAUGGACAGAAUGUGCUAGUGACCGGCGGGACGGGCUUUAUGGGGAAGAUUCUCAUCGAGAAAUUGCUAAGAAGUACAGAUGUCGCCACCAUUUUUCUCCUGAUUAGGGAAAAAAAGGGGAAAAAUGUGCACACCAGACUCGAUGAUAUUUUUGACAACGUUAUUUUUGAAAGAUUGAAGAAAGAGCGUCCGAAGUUUCGCCACCGCGUGGUGGCCGUUUCCGGUGAUUGUUCGAUUUCCGGUCUUGGUUUGACUAUCACCGAUCGUCAGAAAUUAAUGUCAGAAGUGAAUAUUGCGUUUCAUGUCGCCGCCACUGUCCGAUUUGACGAAAAUUUGAAACUUUCGUAUUCAAUCAACGUUAAAGGAACGGCCGACAUGAUCGAAUUGUGUCGUCAAAUGAAAAAUUUAAAGUCUCUAAUCCACGUGUCCACGGCCUACUCCAACUGUCAUUUAAACACAAUCGAUGAGACUUUCUACGACUAUCCAGUGGAUUAUGAAAAAGUUGGAAAUUUAUUGGAGAAAGUUUCAAAAAGUGAAGCGGACAAACUCACACCAAGAAUUAUAGGCAAAUGGCCCAACACUUACACAUUUACCAAAGCUUUAGCCGAGGCUUUGAUCAGAAAUACAGCAACGAGUUUACCAAUUGGGAUUUUUCGCCCGGCAAUUGUCAUUUCAACGUAUAAGGAACCGAUCGAAAGUUGGAUUGAUAAUUUGUAUGGACCUACAGGGGCAGUGGCUGGGGCUGGUUCUGGCCUUCUUCGUGUUUUUCCAUGUGAUGAAGAUGUCGUCGCUGAUAUUGUCCCAGUUGACACUUGCGUGGCUGGAAUUAUCGCAGCGGCCUGGGAUGUCGCAAGUAAAAAAAAUGACAGCAUCCCCAUCUACAACUACGUCUCCUCCGUGGAGAACUCGGUCACUUGGUGCGAGUACAACACCCUGAAUAAAAUCCACGGUACGAAGUACCCCCUUCAGAAGGCCCUCUGGACCAUCAAAAUCACCGCUAUAAGCGACCCCCGCCUCUACCUCCUAAUGCGGAUCCUCCUCCAUCUCAUCCCGGCUUUCCUCCUGGAUUUCGGUGCCAUAAUCCUCGGCCAAAAGCCACGUCUAGUCAGGAUGUAUAGCAAAAUCCACAAAUUUUCCGACGUUAUCGCCUUUUUCUGCACAAGAGAAUGGAAAUUCACAAAUGAUAACGUUGUUAAUCUUUGGGAUAAAAUGAGCAUCACUGAUAAGGAACUCUUCCCUUUGAGCAUCACAACGGUGCCUUGGAUCACCUACUUUCGGGGUUAUUUCAAAGGGAUAAGAGUGCAUUUGUUGAAUGAUCCCAUGAGUACUUUGGACGAGGCGAAGGCGAGGAAGAGGAAGUACGAUAUUGCACAUAAUUUUCUCAAAUUUUUGUUUGUUUUUAUUCUUGUUACUCUGUUUUGGAUUGUUGUUUUUAAAUUAGUUUCGUUGUUUACUUGUAAUGUAGAGUUGGUUAGCACGUUUAGUAAUAGUACAGAGAGUUUUUUAACAGAUGUUUUACAAAGCUAGUUUAAGUUGUGCCAAUAAAAUUAUUGAAUUUU